AUGUCGACGGACUCCUCCGACUCUACCGUUUGUAUUAUCAACAGUACACUUCCGAAGUACCAGGUUCCCCGCAUUGAUUCCUUUCCACAAUGAAAUCUGUGCGUCCUUCCAGCCUAACAUCUUCUUGUGCUCAUCCAGCUCCUCGUGCUGCACUCAUCGUGGCGUCAUCGCUUGCUGCGAGAACGAUGUCUCGUUCAGCCAAGUGUAAGUCCCUCGUGUUCACCACCAAAUAAUAAACUCUUUGAAUGUGAGAAGCGCUGAAUGAAUUGAGUAAUUGUGCAUCUCUCGGCAUAUUGCCGCUAAUCCACUUAUGUGUCUCAGAUUGCAAUUAGAUUCUCCCUCUUCUUUUCCCUUCCAACCUUUCUUCUCCAUAUCGUAUUUCCGCUCUCUUCUCCUUUCGAGGAGGACCACAUCUGUACAUUUGUUUAUCAUUAGGUAACAUAAACACGUCGACAGAUUGUCUCCUCCUUUUCCGUGUCUAAUGACGGCCAAUCAUAGAUUGCAGUCUGAAGCAGUCCCUGCCGUUUCUCAUUCUCUGGCUCGUCAUCUUCGGAAUCGCUUGCCUGGUGCACCUCUUUUUCGAAGACGACGAGACUGGAAAACCAAUCAACAAGGAGAAGCCGUUGAACGGACAUCUUGAGUGAGGAGGAGUCGGUGGUUCAGAAGACGUUGAUUAUUUCAGACUUCUCCUUCCAAUCGCGAACGACUACACAGUGGAGGACCCAGUUUUCGGAAAGCUGUACGAGGACCAAACGCCCAAACUGGCCACCAUUCCCAAGAAGAGACGAUGA